UGGUUGGCAACGGGUGUUGCCACCCGAAGGGCGACCUUUAACCCGCCUUGCCCGCUUAUCAACGAUCUACAUCACGGGAAUCUGCCCACUCCAUAUCGAAGCUUGUUCAUAUGGCACGGUCACUUGCCAUUCCUCGAACACAGCACCGUUCCUUACUCCAGGCCGUACUUGCAUACCCUCCGGUCGAGAUUUUCUAUCCACCGCGCUCCUAGCAGAAUUCCGAGAACGAAAGGCCGACGAUGGUACAAGUCACGCCUAGGUUAUAGCCAAAAGACGCAGACACAACUGAUGACGGUGGCCCACCAUGGACAAUAUACAGAAAGAACACGAGAAAGUGUGGAAUAAUAGCAAGCUGUCAAGGACGACUGGCCAUGUCGACGACAUCAUUAGAUCCCUUCAGAGGGCAAGGAACGCCAUUGCCGAAGAUCCCACGUCGAGACAGAUUACACUGGCAAAACUGCAGAAUCCAGUCAAGACAUCAUUCGACGGUAUCUUCUCGGGAUUGAAAGACACGCAUGGACUACACAACAAAUAUACAAGAGCGUUGGACAAAGUCUUCAAGGACAAGGUGCCGAGCAGCGAGAUUGACGCUCUGUCCACACACCCCGCGUUAAUCAACCGAGCAGUCUACUUGCAUUUGCUUCGAGAAGGACUAUUUGAAGUGGCGUCGACCCUUCAUUCCGAGGCGCUUGAGAGACAGCAGGCUCAACAGGAGAUAGCAGCUCAUUUGGAGUUGGAUCUGUCGAUGGAGCAUCCCCUAGGGCUGGACGAGAACAAGGAAGAAAGCAUGCAGGAACAGUUUUCGAACAUGUACCACAUCUUAAGUGAACUCAAGGACCACCACAACUUGCAGCCUGCUAUCGACUGGGCUAGGAGCAACGCGACAGCAUUGGAAGCUCGUGGUAGUAACCUGGAGUUUGAACUCUGCAGAUUGCAAUUUGUCAAUUUGUUCCUUGACCGUCGAGAAGAAGACCAGUACGACUUUGAAGCACCCAUACGUGCUCUUCAAUACGCGCAAAGAGAGUUCCAGUCUUUUCGAGGUCGGUACUUAGUCGAGAUACAGCAGCUGAUGGGCGCCAUACCCUUUUGCUCCAACUUGGAGGAGUCACCAUACAGCCUCAGAUUCAACAAUUCUACCACAUGGGAUGAAGUGGCAACUUCUUUCACACGAGAGUUCUGCUCACUCCUCGAGCUAUCUGCCGAUUCACCGUUGUACAUAGCAGCUACUGCGGGAGCGAUCGCCCUACCCAUACUUCUCAAAUUGCAGACCAUUCAGAAGCAGAAACGGACCGAAUGGACGUCGGCCAACGAGCUCCCUGUGGAAACACCACUCCCUCCCUCCUAUCAAUUUCACUCGAUUUUUGUUUGUCCUGUAUCGAAGGAACAAACCACGGAUCUGAAUCCGCCGAUGAUGCUGCCUUGUUGUCAUGUCAUUGCACAGGAAUCACUACAGAAGCUCAGCAAAGGCGCCAAAUUCAAAUGUCCCUAUUGUCCGGUCGAGAGCCAUCCAAAGGAGGCAAAGAUAGUCAUUUUGUGAAAGCGAUUUGGGUGGGGACAGUUUGUGAGAGUCCAUUUAGCGCUACGACCGGAGCUUCACUUGACUCGCGUUCUGGAAAACUGCGCAUACAGUAGGCCGGCGUUGUCAAGGAGCAUUGACAGCGUGACCAAGAGCAAUCCAUCGGGGCAUUGUGCAUACACUUGGGGGAGCCACGAAUGACCAGCAGCCAGAGGGAUUGCAACGUGAUGGAGAUGGGGCCAGCAAUGGCAUGCAUAGUGAACAUAGUCAUAGGGACUCUGUUCGAUUGAUCCGGACGACGGCGCAAGGACCAAUGAUAUCCAGGACAUUGUCUUACAGUUGCAGUCGCAACAUGUCAAGGUUGAUAGAUUAAUCAGAUCCCAACUCUGCUCUCCUUC